AUGGCGACGAAUCCAGGAGUGUUGUACAAAUUCCCUUGGGAAGACAUGGGAAAUUACAAGUAUUUGUUAUUUGUGCCCUUUGCAGCAACCGUCCUUUCCGGAAACGACGAUGCUGACAACUGGUCGGCGCACAUUUGCACCAUCGCGGCGCUUCGGUACAUUGUUGCCCAAGUCUUCACCAGUAUCUCCAGAAUUCAUAACAUAACUGAACGCACAAAGAUUCAGGACAAAGGAAUAAAUUACGAGCAAAUCGAUCGAGAGGACAAUUGGGACGACUAUAUUAUUCUACAAGCGUACGUGAUGACAGCAGUACACCAUCUACCAUACCUCGGAUACGGAGGCUUUCCGAUCUACAACAAUGCUGGAUUGUGGCAAGUGCUUUGGUGGCACGUUGGACCAACUGAAUUCGUAUACUACUGGCUCCAUCGUGCGCUUCACCACAAGUUCCUUUACAGCCGCUACCAUUCCCACCAUCACGCCAGUUUUGUCACCGAACCCAUCACUGGGUCUGUUCACCCUUUCAUGGAGCAUCUUAUGUACACUGCCAAUUUUGCUAUUCCACUCCUCGGCCCAUUCUUCCAGGGUGGAGCUUCGGUGUCAAUGUUCUACGCUUACCUGCUUGGCUUUGACGUCAUGAACGCCAUCGGCCACUGUAAUUUUGAAUUUGUCCCUCGGUGGUUGAUGAGUAUCCCGGGAAUGAAGUACUUGAUUUACACCCCAACCUACCAUUCUUUGCACCAUAGCCGUGUGCACACAAACUUCUGUCUAUUUAUGCCAAUCUACGACCACAUGUUCGGAACAGUCCAUAAGACAACUGAUACUCUAUACGAAAAGGCAAUCACUGGCCAGGCUGCACCAAAGACCACACCCGACGUGGUCUUUGUCGGGCAUGGCACUAAUCUUGUUAGUUUGUUCCACCUUCCGUUCGUGUUCAGGUCUUUCUCUUCAAGACCUUUUGAACCGAAAUGGUGGUUGGCGCCUUUCUGGCCACUCUGCGUCGUGGUCAUGUUCGUCAUGAGAGUCUUUGGAAAGGUCUUUGUGUCAGAUAAGCAUCGCCUUCGUCACUUGAAGAUGGAGACUUGGGUGACUCCAGCAUGGGCGAUUCAAUUCUUUUUUAAGAGUCAAUGGAACUUUAUCAACAGCAAGAUAGAGGAAGCAAUCCUUGAAGCUGAUGCUGCUGGUGUGAAGGUGCUUGGAUUGGGUGCCCUAAACAAGAACGAAGCUCUCAAUGGUGGCGGCAAACUCUUUGUCGACAAGCAUCCGAACUUGAAGACUCGCGUUGUUCAUGGAAACACUUUGACAGCCGCUGCUGUGUUGAAGAAGAUUCCAUCCAAUGUUAAGGAAGUCUUUGUAACAGGAGCCACGUCCAAGCUUGGUCGCGCAAUCUCCCUCUACUUGGCUGAACGUGGAGUUAAGGUUACCAUGCUCACAGGGAGCACAGAAAGGUUUCAAAAGAUUCAUGACGAAGCAUCUUCGAAGGCACAGAAGCUCAUUGUGCAUGCAACGAAGAUCGAAGCCGGAGCCAACUGCAAGGACUGGAUCGUUGGAAAGUUUUGCAGCGAAAAGGAUCAAGCGAUUGCGCCAUCUGGCACGACCUUCCAUCAAUUCGUUGUCCCACCUCUUCAAGAGUUCAGAUCAGACUGUGUUUACACUGAUCUUCCUGCUUUUGCAUUGCCAGGAGACACAAAAUACUUUAAGACAUGCGAAAUGACCAUGGAGCGAGGUUGUGUCCAUGCCUGCCAUGCGGGUGCAGUGGUGCAUGCGCUCGAGGGCUGGGACUUCCAUGAAGUGGGGGCAAUUGAUCAUACACGUAUAGACCAAACUUGGGACGCUGCGAUCAAACACGGGAUGGUCCUCAAGUAA